GCGCGCAUCGGCAGCAGAAGCCACGGAUCGGAGUCCAGCAGGAGCACAGAGAGUGCGAACAGACAGAAAGAGGGCCAACUUCACCUGAGCCUCAUCCGUGCGCACUGCCGAGGAGCACGCAUCUCUUUGGAGCGCGUCGCGCACAACCCGGCGGCUGUGGAUUUGUGAUUUUCUCGUGGACUGUCGGGGAGCGCAGUGAAACCUGUGCCAAUCCUGAGCGCAAAAAAAAAGAAGAAGCUGGUGUGCAGCUCACAAAGUUAUCAACUAUGGAGACGCGUCGUUAACUGAGAGUUUACAAAGUGUUUGGGCCAUUUUCUUAAAACUGGAUGAUAUAUUAGAGACCGGUGCGCCUGUCCUGUCCGUCCGCUCGUAUUCCGGCGCCGCUGCGGACCGCAACAAGCCGCUCAGCAAUCCCACGUCUUCAUCGCAACACAAUCGACGAUCGGAGCAGCUGCGAUGCGUUCGUUUUACCUCCUGGCUUCUCUUGUGGUAACAGCCACCCAAGCCGCCUACUUCUCCCAGCAGCCCCAGGACCAGGUCGUAGUAUCCGGUCAAUCGGUGACUCUACCCUGUGUCAUUGUGGGUUACCGGGGAAUGGUGCAGUGGACCAAAGAUGGCCUGGCUUUGGGAGGAGAGAGAGACCUCCCAGGCUGGACACGCUAUUCUUUAAUGGGCGACCCGCUAUCAGGCGAGCACAGCUUGCUGAUCGAUUCUGCAGAGCUGGCGGAUGACGCUGUGUACGAGUGUCAGGCAACACAGGCGGCACUGCGCUCCCACCGUGCCAAGCUCACUGUACUAGUUCCUCCUUCAGACCCAGUGGUGGAAGGCGGCCCAGUUGUGCGUCUGAAGGUCCACACGCUGCACAAUCUCACCUGCAGAGCCUCAGGAGCCAAACCUGCUGCGGAAAUCACCUGGUACCGCGACGGAGAGGUCAUGGAGACCACGAUUUAUUCCAAGGCACUGAUGGAGGAUGGGAAGAGAGAGACAGCAGUCAGUAUGCUUCCAAUCAUCCCGGAGGAUAGCGACUCAGGACGGACCUACACCUGCAGGGUCCUUAAUCCAGCUGCCCCAGCUGGACGACAGAUAUCCGUCACAAUCAAUGUCCAACAUCCUCCAUCAGUGACUCUGUCAGUCCAGCCUCAGACUGUAACAGAGGGAGCCAAAGUUCUCUUCAUCUGCUCUGCUUCAGCCAAUCCUGAAAUCACAGGAUACAGGUGGUCGAAAGGAGGCGUUCCAAUCUCUGAAGCAAAUGGGGACAGCCUUGAGGUGACUGUGGACUACUCCUAUUUCACAGACCCCGUCUCUUGUGAGGUGUCCAAUUCAGUGGGAAGCACCAACGUUAGCACACUAGUGGAUGUGCAAUUCGGCCCUCGGUUGCUGUCGGAGCCUAAGCCGAUGGCUGUGGACAUCGGAAUGGAUGCGGCUUUUACGUGUGCAUGGACUGGAAACCCUCCACUGACCCUGGCGUGGACCAAGCACGGCUCAAGCGUGGUACUCAGUAAUGGGAACACCUUGCAGCUGAAGGCGGUUACCCAGGAGGACGCUGGAACGUACACCUGCAAGGCCAUCGUACCCCGUAUUGGUGUGGCAGAAAGAGACGUGACUCUGACUGUAAACGGCCCACCCAUCAUCACAGCGGACGCCACGCAGCACGCUGUCAUGCAUGCCAAGGGAAAGCUGGAGUGUCGUGUGGGAAGCAGCCCCCCGCCUGAUAAGAUUGUUUGGACGUUCGGUGACAUGAGCCUGUCCUCGGGGUCCUCCGGUCGUUACUCUGUGCAGACGGUAACGAGCGACCACGGAGUCCUGUCCUCCCUGGUGCUGUCGGAGACUUUGGGGCAGGAUUUCCAGCUGCGCUACAACUGCACCGCUUGGAAUCGUUUUGGCACGGGCACCACACUGGUCACACUGAAGGAGCAAGAAGCCAUGCCGAUGUUGAUCAUCGUUGGCGCAGCAGUGGGCGGCGGCUGCGUCCUGCUCAUCUGCGUCAUCACUCUGGUGUCACUUUGCUGCAGGCACACUGGCAAAGGUGAGCUCAAUGGUAAAAGGUGCACUCGUCUUUCCAAGAGCGAUAUCAGAGUCCAGAUUGUUCACAGCGAUCACAACGCUACACGCGGCAACGAUGACGAAGAGGAUGUCAAAGAGCCCAUGGAAGGGCUCAUUCGUGGUGGUAAUUUUUCAAACUGCUUGGUCUUCCUUCAGGCGCCAAACAGCAGCGAGUCUCCCGGGACAUCACGCACAGAACACAGCGACCUCCUAGAAGAGGAAGAGGAUGAGAGAUCGGAUACCAAGGACCCCACCAAUGGUUACUAUAACGUCCGUGGCCAUGAAGACCGCCAUAUCCGUGGCAGUGGAUUUUCUGAAUAUGUGCCCAACUCACGGCCAGUCUACACGCCAUCCCAGCUGCCCUCCCCCAGCCCUGUGUACGGUCAGCAAAGCAACCAACCUCGCAUCUAUGAAUUCUCCCACCGAUAUGCAACCUCCACAGUCCCUCGGACCUCGUAUGAACAGCAGCCAGGUACCCAGCAACAACCUGCGCAGCAAGCCAGCGCUUAUCCCACCGACCCCCUUUAUAGCGGCUCCGCUUACUUACCUGCCACCUACGGCCGUGCCUUCACCAGCUACGUUAAGCCCACCUCCUAUGAAAAGGUGGAUUCCUACGACCAAUCCGAUGAGGCCAGCAAGGUUUCCAGCUCAUCCCGCUUCUCUUACGCCUCUUCACAAGUGUCCUCCCAGCAGUCAGACUACGGCCGCCCCUCACAACGUAUGCAGACUCACGUCUAAUUGGACAAAGAGACAAGCAGAGGAGCAAUGAGCUGGUGUCACCUCCACAUACUUGUGGCUGGAUUAACAUGAGCAGAAUUUUUACUUGGACAAUCUGUCCAGGACACGUGUGGAGGGCAGGACAGUGGGAUCUACAAUGCCAACUGCAGAACUCCCGAGGCUGGAGAAAUCAGCAGUUUGUGAUGUUCAAGUCAAAUGUGUAAUUAAAGUACAACACCUCACCAGGUUAUCUCCUGCAUGAGGACCACCAAAACCUGUGGAGACAUCAGCAAGGGCAAACUACAAAAUACUUAAUAUGCACCUCCUUGAAUUUGGGUGGUUGAAACAAAUGGUGGAGCUGUUUACCUACUUGCAUUCCAGAGCUCUGCCUUGCGGCAACCAUAAACAAACAUGACCUCCAACACACUUUCAAGGAAGGUAUUUCAAGUUAAGACACAUGGGGUGGGGGGGGCGAUGACAAUUUAAUGUCAUUUGGUAUUUUGUUGGCAUGCAAAAGGAAAUUAAGCACAUGUGCAUCUCUAUCAUCAACAAAAGACUGAGCUGUCCUCAAAGAGUCCAACUGUCCUACACAACAGAUUAGUUCUACUGACCACGUCCCCUCAGUACUGCGAUGUGAUGAGUCCAGUGAGUGGUAGAAAGCGUUUACAUUGUGAUAAAAAUGCUAACAAGUUGGACUUGUUUACUGUCUUGUUUACCGGUGGAUAAAAUAAGGAGACAGGAAGCGAAUGUGUAUUUUAGCCUUCAUUUGAAUGGAACACUGUAUGUUACUGUAGCUACAAUGUAUGUUGUACCAUGAAGGACAAGUCCGUGAAAACCCAAAGACGGCGAAAACUGUGUUGCGUAAUAGCGGACAAAGGGUGAAUUCUGCUGUGCUGCCCCCUGGUACUGCAUUUUUUUGUGAAUUUAAAAAGUUGGCUUUUACCAGAACAAUCAUACGGUGGUCUGGCGAUGAAAGGAAUUAAAAAAAAAAAAAUUAAGAAGGCAAUCUUGAACUUGAGAUAAGCUUGAGUGCAGCAUCAACACUGGCAGGCUCAGAUGGGUUACAGAUGUGAAAGGUCGCAGAUGCAAGUAACUCAAUGUUUACAAGAAACAGCACUACCCUGAAAACACUGAAUUAUCUGUACAAAUGGCCGAACCCAUAUUUUCUGUCUGUUGCAUGCAAGUAAUGUGUCUAGUGAAACUCUUCAGCGUUUACAUUCAUGUGCAUUUCAUGUUGGAGACUUCGGUUUCUGUAUCCAGACUCGUCUUUUUUUUAAUUCCACUUCCUAGAUGUUUCAGUAUGGACACCUGUACUGCCAUUUGUCCAAAAUGUUUGCCACCCAUUUGGAGAAACAUCAUCGCUUGUCUUUAUUUUUUAUAUAAGCCUUAAUGUACAGCGUGUAAGCUGCUUUAUUGUAAAGUAUCUUUAUAUACGUACAUAUGUAUCUUGACUUCAUUCGUUCCACUUUUCCUCCGUGUUAUUCAUCAAUCAUUGAAUGCAAUUACUAUGCUUUUUUUUUUAAACAACUAAUUGGCAUUUGUUUUAUUCUUUUAAUAAUGUAUUCAGAUUUUUAUUUGCUAUAAAUGAGCUAUUGUUGCCUGUACCUUUGUACACAUAUUUAUAUUUAAAUAAAACCAUUUCAGAUAAA